CUCUCUCUCUCUCUCUCUCUCUCUCUCUCUCUCUCUCUCUCUCUCUCUCUCUCUCUCUCCAAGCCAUUUGACACUCAUAAAGGGUGUAAAACAGAGCAAAAUUAAGAUGGCCAAAAAGGAUGGGAAAGAAACCAAAUACGCAAGAUAUUUCAAAGCACCCAUUAGAGUCCUAACCAAGGCCAGGGACUUCUACGUCCAGACCAUGUUGGAUUGGGCGGCGCGUGGCGAGCAGGGCAGCGCAAGGGGCUACUGCGUCGACGUCCCAUUCUACAAUCCGCCCGGUACCUUGAAUUUCGGCUCCGCAAAAAAUUCCACCCAAAAUGAAGAUCUAACGGAGCUCGUGAGGGCUGCUUCAGCUCGGAAUCUGAGCAACAGGGUCCAAUCAGAGAUUCUCCAGAGGCCGCGGCAUGUGAAAUUGCCGGCAGCCUCCAGGAGAAGCUUGCGGUGGACGAGGAGCGUCGGCAUUGGGAGGAUUGAGGAAGACAGGCCGUGUGAGUUUGGGCAAGAAGUAACGGUAGAGACAAGGCAUGUUGAGUACGGAAGAAGCAGAAAUUGUAGUGUUUCAAAGAUGGCGGAUUGAUUACUUGCAUCCAAUCUUGUCCGGUUUGUCCUUUGGAGUGGGUCUAUGAAGAUGAUUCGAACCGUUGUUGAUAACAUCAUUCACGGCAAAAUUUAAAUGGAUUGGGCGUCAAUAGAUACAUGAGCUAGUCGAAGAAAAACGGGAUGGUUCUAGUUUCAAAUCAUAUUUCUUUGUUCAUUUUUUCUUGAAUGUACAAAUUUGAUCUACUUACGUCCUUACUGAUAUCCGACUAAUCUUUUUUUUUUUGUUUGAUUGAUUUAUAUUUUCAGUGAAUCCCACAACAUGAACGGUUUAUAUAUAUCAUGCAUCUGUGUGGGUUCACUCGAAAUCCUAGAAAGAGCAAUAUGGACCGGAUUGGAUGUGAAGGAACCACGAGGGGAACCUCCUCCAUUGUGAGGGACUUUAUUUUUUUUGGUUCUUGCACGGCCAAUGUGAGGGACUCAGUACUCUCCAAGUUUGCAUGUAUUAGCGGACCGAAUCAAUUGAGAUCCGUCAGAAUAAUUAUAGGAGCAAUCUCUUCCCAUAAUUCUAGGAUUAUUAUUCUGUUUCCAUAGUUAUUGUUUCCUAGUUGGUUGUAUUCUUUUCCUAAAUAUGUGUGGCUGUGUUCCACCAAUUUAUCAAUGAGAAUCAAUCAUAUUUAUCACAAA